AUGGCAGCCAUGAUGCAGAGGCGCCUGGGAGCCAAGCUCCGGACCGCCGACGACUACGCCACGGCCGACGAGGAGGAGAUCAGGGAACUGAGCGCCAUGACGGGCAUCAAGUACAAGCAGCCGGCGCGCCGGCCGCAGCCGAAGCGCAUCGCGGCGCCGGCCUCGACGCUCGUGAACCUGAACGAACUGAAGCAGCUGGCCGAGGAGGACGGCUCGCCGGUCAAGGCGCGCAAGGCGCUCGCCCCCCCGGAGACGGCCGAGCUCGGCGACGUCUGGUGGAACACGCACCGCGAGGAGGCCGAGGAGCCGGCGCCUGUGGCCCGGUCGCCGCCGCGGCCCGCAUCAUCUUCGGCGCGCCGGAAACAGAUAAAGGCCGCGUCGGCGGCGUUCGUCGCGUCGGCGUCGACCGCGGCCGUUGCGUCGAACCGCCAGGCGACGGCCGGUCGCAAGAAAACAGCUCCGCGCCGAAAAACGCCCGACGCGCGGCGCGCGCCGCGCGGCGGCAUCCUGGACGACGGCGCCGUGGUCCCGAGGCCGGGCGACCCCUACAAAGCGGCGUCGACGGCGCCGCGGCGGAAGACGCCCGAACCAGCGCCGCGCGUCGUCCGGACGGCGCGGGUCGAGCAGGCCGUGCCGCCGCCGCGGUCGAAGCCACGGAAGAGCCCCGCCGCGCUGCCCUCGCUGACCUGCGCGCCCGAUACGUCCUUCGACCUCUUCGCGUGGCCCGGCGAGGCGCCGGCGCGCGACGAGGACGCGCUUGCGGAAAGGCUCGUCGCUCUAUGAAUAAGGUGUAGUAAUUUUAGUUAUCUAGACGGGCGACCGCACUACUAGCCUUCCGACGACGAGAGAACGACGAGAAGGCCAACGCGCCGCCCACCGCUCUUGAAUCGCACAGGUCGACCUCUGUAUGCACUACCUUCACUGGUACCGCGUCGUCGCCGUGUUCUCGACGACGGCGGAGCGCUUGGCUCAGGCCGAGCUCUCGCUCUUCCACGGCGCGGGCAUCUCAUACGUCGAGAACUAG